ACAGUCACACAGCUAAGUUUACCACUACCAGGGACACACUAUCCAGCCACACUGUCUGAGAGUCACUGCCAGUACCUCCAGCUUGAAUAACCUCACUUUUGUUUGGGCAUUCCUCUGAGAGUUUUGGAUAAUUCUGUCAGCUUUUUAAUACAGUUUUAGGGGAAAUACAAAAAGGACCGCCAUGCAGUCGUGUGCAAGGUGUGGGUUUGUGGUAUACCCAGCAGAGAAGAUCAACUGCAUCGACCAGAACUGGCAUAAAGCAUGUUUCCACUGUGAUGUUUGUAAAAUGGUGCUGACCGCUAACAACUUUGUCAGUCAUAAGAAGAGGCCAUACUGCUCUGUUCAUAAUCCAAGAAACAACACAUUCACCAGUGUCUAUGAAACCCCAGUUAACAUCAAUGCCAAGAAGCAAACCAUGGCAAGCAGCGAGGCCUUUCAGUCCAGAUCUGAGUUCUCCCAGCAGCAGCAGCAGUGGUACUCUGGAAUGGUGACCAAUCAGGAGAUCAUUACUAUGUCACAGGCCCAGAAGAACAUCAGUGAUGUCAAAUACACAGAAGAAUAUGAGCAGUCAAAAGGAAAGGGAAGCUUCCCUGCAUUGAUCACACCUGGUUACCAAGCUGCUAAGAAAGCCAACACAUUAGCAAGUAGUUUGGAAUACAAGAAGGGUCAUGAGGAACGAGUUUCAAAGUAUACAACAUUUGUGGAUCCUCCAGAAGUGCUUCUGGCUAAAAAACAAGGACAAAUAGUUAGUGAUUAUGCUUACACAGAGGAAUAUGAACAGCAAAGGGGAAAAGGCAGCUUCCCAGCACAUCUCACACCUGGAUACCAGAUAUCAAAGAAGGCAACUGCACAGGCCAGCAAUAUAAAAUAUCGCCAGGUAUAUGACCAGCAGAUAAAAGGUAAAGCCAGUACUGAAGUCGGGGUGGCUGAGGCAGCAUUAGCCAGAGAAAAUGGAGAGCGCCACAGUCAGAUUGCAUAUACUGAAGAAUAUGAACAGCAGCGAGGCAAAGGCAGUUUUCCUGCCAUGAUCACUCCUGGGUACCAUCUGGCAAAAAAGGCUCAAGACAAUGCAAGUGAUUUGAAGUAUAGGAAAGACAUAAACAAGAUGAAGGGCACGUCACACUUCCACAGUCUGACCUCCGAGGACAACCUUGCCCUGAAGAACGCACGGAAAAUCAGGAAGAUCGUCAGCGAGGUGGAGUAUAAAAAGGACUUAGAGAACACAAAAGGUCACAGUAUUAACUUCUGUGAGACGCCGCAAUUCCAAAACGCUGCCAAAGUUGCUAAGUUCACCAGUGAUAACAAGUACAAAGAGAAGUACACAACAGAUUUGAAGGGUCACUCAUUACAGGGCGCUGUAAUUGACACAAAAACCAUGCAUGCCCUCAAGGCAGGGAAGCUGGCGAGUGACAUUGUUUACAAGCAAGGAUCUGAGCAAGAAUACAACUACCAAGCUACUUUAACACCAGGCUAUCAAUGCACCAAGAAACUGGAGCCUCUCAAAGAUAAAAACUACAGACAACAUAUUGACCAAGUGAAGUUCAAACCUGUUAUAGAGACUCCUGAGAUUAUCCUUGCAAAGAAAAAUGCCCAACUCGCUAGCAAUCUGAAUUACAAAGCGGAUUAUGAAAAGACCAAGCAUCAGUACACACUGUCCCAGGACCUGCCUCAGAUCAAAAAGGCUAAAGCUAACGCUGAACUGUGCAGUGAUAUUAAAUAUAAAGAACAAUGGGAGAAGACCAAGUCAAAAGCCUGUGAAACUGGUUUGGAUGACCUGUCUGUCAGAGCAGCCAAAGCUUCCAGAGAUCUUGCCAGUGAUAUCAAAUACAAGGAAUCCUAUAUGAAAAACAAGGAAAAAGCUGUGGGAGUGAACGUAAGCGACUCAAAAACUCUACACUCUCUUCAAGUUGCAAAGAUGGCCAGUGACAUUGAGUAUAAGAAAGGAUCCAAAGAAAGCCAGUCUCAGUAUACUUGCUCUAAAGACAUGAUCAACUUGAGCCACGCCAAAAAAGCUCAGGCCCUCGCAAGUGACCUGGAGUACAGGAAGAAACUGCAUGACUACACAGUAAUGCCUGAUGAUAUCAAAGUCCAACAAGCCAAGAAAGCCUAUGCUCUACAAAGUGACAAUCAGUAUCGCUCAGAUCUAAACUGGAUGAAAGGAGUUGGAUGGGAAGCUGAAGGUUGUCUCAACAUUGAACAGGCCAAAAAGGCUGGGGAGCUGUUGAGUGAUACAAAGUACCGUCAAAAGGCAGACAGCAUCAGGUUCACUCAGGUGGCAGACGAUCUCAACAUUAAACAUGCUAAGAAGAGCCAGGAGCUGCAAAGUGAUCUGGCAUACAAAGCAGACACAGAGCAGAUCAUUCAUCAGUACACCAUGACCAAAGAUGAACCACUUUUCAGACAAGCAAAGGCCAAUGCAGAACUCCUGAGCAAUAAAGUGUACAAGAGUAACUGGGAGAAGCAGAGGGAUAAAGGUUUUGAGAUGCGUCUGGACUCAUUGUCUAUCCUCACUGCGAAAGCCAAGCGAGACCUGGCCAGUGAUAUUAAAUAUAAGGAACAGUAUGAGAAAGACAAAGGCAAAGUAAUUGGUAUUAAGUCAAUUAGCGAUGACUCUCAGUUGGCUCAUUCAACACAAGCCACUAAACUCCAGAGUGACCGCUUCUACAAACAGAAAUACGAGGACACCAAAGCCAAGUACAGUGUGUCUUUGGACAUGUUGAACAUCAGUCAUGCUCAGAAAGCACAAGACCUCGCCAAAGACACCAACUACAGGACGAUCCUCCAUGAGUACACAACUUUGCCAACUGAUAUGAAUGUCACAUGGGCAAAGAAAGCCUACGGUCUUCAAAGCGAUAAACAGUACAGGUCUGAUCUAAACUGGAUGAAGGGGGUUGGAUGGGAGGCCUCCAAGUCUCUGGACGUCCAACAGGCAAAGAAAGCUGGAGAGCUUGUUAGUGAGAAGAAGUAUCGUCAGAAUGUCAGCAACCUGAAGUUCACCAGCGUUGAAGAUACUCCAGAGAUGGUCCAGGCUAAACUCAGCAACAAACUGGCUGUAGAUAGGUUAUACAGAGAAAAGGCUGAAGACGUGAAACAUAACUACACUCUGAGCGGAGAGCUGCCUGAAAUGGUACAGGCCAAAAUCAACGCUAAGAACAUCAGCGAGAGCCGGUAUAAGGAGUCUUGGACUAAGUUACGUGAUGGUGGCUACAAACUGAGUCUGGAUGCCAUUCCUUUCCAGUCUGCUAAGACAUCCGGCGAGAUCCUAAGUGAUCAAAAGUACAAAGGAGAAUUUGAGAAAACCAAAGGAAAGAUGAUUGGACUGAAAGGACUUCAGGAUGACAUCAACAUUGCUCACUCAGUUAAUGCCACGAAGCUUCAGAGUGACAUCAAAUACAAGCAGGACUCUGCCAAGGCGAUGUCCAAGUUCCACUUGCACAUGGACAUGCUGGAAGUGGCCCAUGCCAAAAAGGCCCAGUCUUUAGUGAGUGACCAGGACUACAGACUCACUCUGCACCAGUACACUGCUCUGCCUGACGACAUGAAAGUGCAGGCUGCAAAGAAGGCCUAUGCUCUGCAGAGCGAUAAAGUCUACCGCUCAGAUCUGAACUACUUGCGAGGUGCAGCAUGGAUUGCAACUGGUGCUCUGCAGAUUGAAGGAGUUAAGAGAGCAACUGAACUCAUCAGUGAUAAAAAGUACCGCCAACAACCUUACAACUUCAGACACACAUCUGUCACUGACUCCCCAGAUAUUGUUCAUGCCAAAAUGAGUGGACAAGUCACAAAUGAGCGUCUGUAUAAAGAGAAAGGCGUCAGCGACCGGCACAGCUACACCAUCACCAGUGAGAGACCGGAGAUUACACAAGCCAAGAUCAACGCAGCCAAUCUUAGUGAUAUUAAGUACAAAGAUUCUUGGCACACUUUAAGAGCUCAGGGUUACAAGCUGACCAUGCAGGACAUCCCAUUCCAGGCUGCAAAGAGCUCCACCGGCAUCGCUAGUGAUUAUCAGUACAAGCACAACCACCUGCUGGAGAAAGGAAAGCACAUCGGUGUGAAGAGUGUGUUGGAUGACCAGAAUGUCCUGCACUGCCUUCAAGUGGGUCGACUGGCGAGUGACCAGGAGUACAGAAAAGAUGCCCUUACCGCCAGCGGACAGUACCAUCUCACCCCAGACAUGAUCAACAUCGUGACCGCCAAGAACGCUCAAGCUCUGGCCAGUGACCAGGACUACAGGAAGAAACUGCAUGAAUACACUGUCCUCCCUGAUGAUAUGAAGGUCAAAUGGGCCAAAAAGGCAUAUGAACUCCAGAGUGAGAAACUGUACAAGUCUGAUCUGAAUUAUAUGAAAGGAGUGGCCUGGGAUGGCGUUGGUGCACCUCAGUUGGAGUCUGCCAAAAAGGCGGGAGAGCUCGUCAGUGAAAAGAAAUAUCGACAGCUUCCUGACCGCCUCAAGUUCACUCAAGUUGCAGACUCUCCAGAUAUCAUCCAUGCAAAGACCAGCUACCAGCAGUGUAGUGAGAGGCUGUACAAAUCUGGAAAGAAUGAUGACAUGCACAAGUACACCUUACAUUCAGAUGAUCCAGAUUUUGUUAGGGCCAAACUGAAUGCCCAGCAGAUCAGUGAUAAAGUCUAUAAGGCACAAGGAGAGCAGGUGAAGACAUCGGGCUACGACUUGAGGCUAGAUGCUAUUCCAUUCCAGACUGCAAAGGCCUCACGGAAAAUAGCCAGUGAUUUAAGUUACAAAGAGUCCCAUCUGAAGGAGAAGGGUCAGCAGAUUGGCCUGCGCUGCGUGGAGGACGACCCCAAACUCGUGCACUCUCUGGCGGCCAGUAAACUGCAGAGCAACCUAGAGUACACGCGACAGUCCAAGGAGGGGCAUUCUCAGUACAAGAUCCACGCAGACCAGCCCGAGUUCCUCUUGGCCAAGAAGAGCCAGGCCCAGGCCAGUGACGUGGUAUACCGCCAGAAACUGCACGACUACACCUGCGACCCUGAACAACUCAACGUCAAACACGCCAAGGAGGCCUACAAACUGCAGAGUGAUAGGAACUACAAGGCAGAUCUAAACUGGAUCAGGGGAGUGGGCUGGACCCCUCCUGGAUCACACAAGGCCGAACUUGCCAGGAGGGCUGCUGAACUGGGGCUCACAGAGGGGGUUAGCACCGAUGAGGCUAUAGCCAAAUACCAACACAUGAUGAUGCUGCAGUACCAGGAGCAGAUGGAGCAGCAGCAGAACCAGCAGCAGUCAUCAGAGCAGGUGGAGACCAGUGAGGAGAUCCAACAGGGAGUCAACAUGGAUGCCAUGGAAGUGCUACACGUCAAACGCAAGAAGAUCCAGACUGUCCAGAAAAAAACCACAACCGCCACCACUUCCUCAUUCAAGUCCAUGGAGAAGAAAUCCUCAAGCACUUCAUCAUCCUCAACAGCUGCCAUGCACAACACUGUCAAAUCUAUGUCUAUUAAAGGUGCCAUUGAGGAAGCAUAAGGAAUACACACAUUUGGCAUUAUAACCUUCAAUGAAAUCACAAGUUAAAUUGUAUUAAGCAAGGCCAAAGUUUGAUGGGCUAGAAAAGUUGUUUAGUUAGAAAAGAACACUAUUUUGCUUGAUCACUGUU